CCUGGACCCUGGACGUAUAAACAAAGUAUACGUCCAUGGAAUCAAUAGUGUGGAAUCAAAUAAGUAAAAUCAAAGUAUAUUAUAAGCGAAGCGUGUAAAUUGUUGAAAUUACGUUUGUAAUAUGGAUUUUGAUUGGGCCAAACCGUACCCUGAACUAUAUAAAAUGUGCAAAACUUUUCAAAUGUUUGACUUAUUAAAUCCCGUUAAAGUUAAAUAUAAGCAGUUAAAAGUAUUUUUACAAAGUGGACCUGAGUGUGGUCUAGUAGCCCUUGCUAUGUGUAUUGGAAAUCCUACCAGAGAUAUUAUCGAAAAUUUAUGUAAUACAGCAAAAUUGAAAAAUUAUACUCAUAAUGGUGAAAUGUUUAGCAUUAAUGAUAUGACUUCUUUGGCAAGUGAAUAUUUGCAAGGAGAUAUCAAGAUUUUCAAUGGAUUUUUGGACUGCGAUGUUAUAAGGAAUUUCUUAUUGGAGGGUGGUGUUAUGCUUGUACCAUAUGACACAGCAAAAGAUAAUUCACCUGGUUUCCAUAAAGGUCAUAAAGCUCAUUGGGCUGCAAUUUCUGGAUGUAUUUUAACUGAAAAUGAUUUUUAUGUAAUUGCACGCCACGGUAAAGUUAGAAACAUUGCAAUCUGGAAACUAAAAGUUUUAGCCAAUAGUAACAGACAAUUAUUAGAAGCUUCUCCAGAUAGAAUAAAGCAGGACAUAAAAUACAAAUUUCCAGAAGGUGGUAUAGCAGGCCCUCUUGGUUUGAAUGAAAAAAGUAUUCUAAUAAAAUACUUAUAACUAUAUAUGUGUUACAUUGGUAUAAUUAUAACAGUAUAUAAAAGUACUUUGCAUGUAUUAUAAUAAUCAUCAACUAACCUUUGACUUAUGUAUUUUGAGAUACUUUAGAUGUAGAAUAAACUUUCUAUAUUAUU